AUGCCAGACGACGGUCUUGCCGCCCAGCUGCUGCUGAACACAGCGUUAGAUACAGACAAGUUAGACCAUGGUCUCUUGAAUUGUCUCGCUAACGAACAACUUGGCCAAAUUUUCUCAAUCUCAAUCUACCUCGAGUCCAGCGAUUUCCUGAAGAACCCAUUCGCGGGAAGUCAGAAAAUUCAGAGUCGGAAACUCCGAGAGCGGAAGGAGACCUUGAGUCAGGAAACUCAAAAGUAG